AUGUUAGGAUUUUCAUGGCCCGAAUUGAUGAUAGUGUCCGGCAGCUUUAUAUUCUUAGCAUUGCUGUCCAGUGAAUUGAUCAAGUGGUCCCAUAUAUUUUCUCAAAAUUCGUUGAUCCAACAAUGCAAUUCACCGAUCAUUUUAUUUGGAUAUGUUGCACAUAAUGGACCUCAUACUUGGAAAGUAUUAUAUCCAGAAAGUAAUGGUUAUAAUCAAUCACCGAUUAAUAUUACAACAACUAUUGCGAUCGAGGAAUACGAUGAGAUCGAAUGGAUCGGUCACGAUGAAGUACCAUGCUCGAUGAUUAUGGCAAAUGAUGGAAAUUCUGGUUAA